AUGGAGAGAGAAAACUGCUCCUUGAAUGGAUUUGUUCUCUUGGGAUUUACUAACAAUCCUGAGAAAAACAUGACCCUAUUCAUCACCUUGCUAGUCAUUUAUCUCAUUAAUGUUCUGGCAAAUCUUGGCUUGAUCUUUCUAAUUAGAAUGGAUUCACAGCUGCACACACCCAUGUACUUUUUCCUUAGCCAGCUCUCUUUCUACGACCUCUGCUAUUCCACAGCUGUUGCACCAAAGACACUUGUGAACCUUAUUUCCACGAACAAGUCAAUUCCAUUCUUCGGUUGUGCUCUGCAAUUCUUUGUUUCCUGUUUCUUUAUAGAUUCAGAGUGUGUUCUGCUGGCAGUCAUGGCCUUUGAUCGGUACCAGGCCAUCAGCAACCCCUUGCUCUACACAGUCAACAUGUCCAGCAAAGUGUGCUGCUUGCUCCUGGCUGUGGUUUAUACUGUGGCCUUGGGAGACUCUCUGACACAUACCAUCUUAACUUUCCGCUUAUGUUUCUGUGGGUCAAAUGAGGUUAACCACUUCUUCUGUGAUUUACCCCCGCUUUACGUCAUCUCCUGCUCUAGUAUAGAGGUCAAUGAGUUAGCGUUAUUCACCGUUUUUGGCUUCAUUGAACUGAGUACGAUUUCAGGAGUUCUUGUCUCUUAUUGUUAUAUUUUUCUAUCGGUCUUGAAAAUCCGCUCUGCUGAGGGCAGGUUCAAAGCUUUCUCCACCUGCACCUCCCACCUGACGGCCGUGGCCAUCUUCCAGGGCACCAUGCUCUUCAUGUACUUCCGGCCGAGUUCUGCCUACUCCCUGGACCAGGACAAAAUGGCCUCGUUGUUUUACACCCUUGUGAUCCCCAUGCUGAACCCCCUGAUUUACAGUCUACGAAACAAGGACGUGAAAGAUGCUCUGGUAAAACUGAAAACUAAAACAUGUUUGUAA